AUGAGAUCUCAUCUUGUAGCAAAGCUCAUUUUCCUGGAUCAGUUUUGUGAGAUCUCGCCAUACAUGCCAAGAAGCUCACUUGAACCCCACAUCCCCUAUGCCAUUCUCCGCUCAAUAUAUAGCCAGUACUACUCAAAUUCUCCUUCCACGCCACUGGCAUUAUUAAGUGUAUCACCACACCAUUCUCCUGCUGUAUCUCUAGCACACGCGUCUCCCGUAGUACGGCAUCCUCGUGGCAAUUCAACUCCUCAGUCAAGUAUUAAUGAUUCGGGUUACUUUAAGGCGUCAUCAACCCAUAGCCAUGAUCAGCUAUAUGAUAAUGACAGUGGAAAUAUGCGAAGCAUCGAUAUCAAACAUCGGAACGUGAGGCGGUCUGGUCCAUUAGACUAUAGCUCAGGCCGCAAAGUGAAGUUUGUUGAAGGCUCAACAUCAGGGAGCAGAGGUCCCAGCCCACUGCCAAGAUUUGCUGUGUCAAGAUCUGGUCCUAUAUCAUACAAGUAG